AUGAUCCAAUCAGCAGAAGAUCUUCUUCGUCAAAUAACUUUACGCAAUGGCCACAGUUCACUCUUGCCUCAAACGGUGACCAAGUUGAAUCUCUCACCUAUUAACUUGCCGCAACCAACUCCUGUCAAACAACACUUACAAGCCUGGAUCAACGAAUGUAAACAAAUUCAACAAGCAAUUGAUUUGCGACACCGAAAAACCGCGGAAUUUGACUCAUGGUAUUCAGAAAACUGUCUAUCCAAACGACCACCAGGAAUGACUACUGGCGGGGUUUUAUCACCAGCACGACGCAAGGAAAAGGGACUCUGA